AUGACUAGGACCAACGAGCAGAUAGCCCCUGGUGCAGCAAGACCUACAGGGUCACAGGAGAGUCGGGAUCUUGCUGAGUUCCGGAAGUGUCAUCCUUCACAGUUUGCAGGAGAUGCGGAUCCAGAAGUAGUUGAUCGCUGGAUCCGUGAGCUAGAGAAGAUCUUUACUGUACUGGGAUGUCCUCCAGAGAGGAGGUUAGCAUAUGUUGUGUACAUGCUUAUUGGGGAGGCUGAACAUUGGUGGAGAGGCACAUAUCAGAUGCUUGCUGCUAGAGGAGUUACGAGUAUUGGAGAUUUUGAAAGCAAAGUGUCUACGCCCGCUUCUGCUUCUGUGAUUGCUUCUGAAUUGUGUGUGGGUUGCCCGGUUGUGGUGAAUGAGAAGAAGUACAAGGAGGAGGAUGAGUUGUUGAUCUCAGCUGGCCAGGCUGAGUCAUUAUUGAGAGAUGGAGCAGAGUGCUGUGCGAUACCAAUGUCAGUAACUCCCUAUAGGAUGGCUCCUGCUGAGCUGGUUGAGCUAAAGGGUCAAUUGGAGGACUUGUUGGAAAAGCAGUUGGUGUGGCCGAGUGUUUCGCCGUGGGGUGCUCCUGUGUUGUUGGUAAAGAAGAAGGAUGGGGGUAGUCAACUGACCCUUGAGAAGCAUGAAGAGCACUUGAGGACAGUAUUGGAGAUUUUGAAAGCAAAGUGGGAGCGCCCGAGGACUGUCACGGAUAUUCGGAGCUUCGUGGGCUUAGCGGGUUACUAUCGGAGGAGAGUGGUGGCAUAUGCUUUAAGGCAAUUGAAGAUUCAUGAAAGGAACUAUCCUACCCAUGACUUGGAGUUAGCAGCUGUGGUGUUUGCCUUGAAGAUCUGGAGGCAUUACUUAUAUGGUGCCCGGUUCAGCGUUGGACUCAAGCAGUUGCAGGAUGAGGAGUUGGUGAGACUUCUUGGUUUGCUGGGUACCGAGAAAGCUGCUG